GGCAUUCCGAUUCGAAGAUUCGAACCCGGACAGCAGAACACGGAUCGCUGGCUUCGAUAAAGACGCUUCCGUUGGAGGACUUCGAUCGGCGGACUGGCCCAGAGAUUUUCAGUGAUUAUCGCCGCGAUGGCGUCGCCGCGACCGCUUCGAGACCCGACUUCGCCAGGCGCUGCUCCCGCCGAGCAGCAGCAAGGGUCGGCCCAAGACACCACGGAGCCCCAGCGGCCAUUGAAAGGCAAGGAGAAGAAGAGGGUAGGGUUUGCAAGCGACAAGGAGCCCCAGGAGAGCAAUCUCGGCACGCCCAUCCUCAUCACACCGAACGAGCCGGAGACGGGCGACCAGCAUGGCGAUUACUUUAGCUACAGGCCCUCUCCGUCCAGCACCGGGUCCACCCCGCUGCAUGCCGAAGACCCUGCGAGGCGAGAUUCGUUCGAUAAGGACGAACUGUACGCCUCCGUUUCCCAGAUGUUGAGCUCGCCCAGCCGGCCGCGCCCGGUGCUCCGCAAGUCAACCGGCCUGCCGGCUUCGGCCGACCUGCCCACAGCACCUCACAGAUCCGAGGUGGAGGCCAAGAACCGGGCUGAUCGGCUGGCUUACUCUGUCGGCACUUCCUCAGUCCCCGUAUCGCGGAGGGGCUCCGUGGACUCCGCGGUUGGCGACGCCUUUGACGAGGACUCCCCUCUCGACGGCUCGCCAGCCACCGCGAUCCACGACUUUGCGCCUUCCGGAGACCCGGAGGCACUGGAACCGCGCAGGGAGGCCCAGCUCGAGGCCGACCACCUCGUGAGGAGACACACGCGCCACAGAAGCCCUCUGAUGCAGUCCUUCGUUCCACCCCAGUCCGGAUCGGCUACUCCUGUCGAGCACGAUGUCGAAUACGUUCCGCAGCCGGAAAAGUACAAGGCCGGUAUCCUCACAAACCUGCUCAAACUGCGCUUGGGCGACGAGAAGUACGGCUCGCCGUUUCCUAGCGCUCCAAGCACGCCCUCCAGCUCUCCCCCGACGUCGAGGUCGAGUACGCCACGGCCUCACGGUCGCCGCCGGCCCUGGCGGGCGCAAUCAUCGAGCACGCUGGCUGGCCUCAUGGAGUCCUCUUUUAUGUUUGCCGCUCCGGGAUCCGGCAAGGACAUCUCCGACGCGGUCGAGAAGGUGAAGCACGAGGUGGAGAAGUCCAAGAAGCCGCACAAAUCCAAGAGGAAAGUCGACGACGAGUACCGCAUCAAGAUCCACAUCGCCGAGGUACUAAGCCGGCAGACCUACCUGCUCAAGCUGUGCAAGGCCCUGAUGACCUACGGCGCGCCAACGCAUCGGCUGGAGGCCUACAUGAGGAUGUCGGCCCGUGUGCUGGCCAUCGAAGGCCAGUUUCUGUACCUGCCCGACACCAUGAUCAUCUCGUUUGACGACAGCAACAUCCACACGACCGAGGUCAAGAUCGUCCGCGCCUCCCAGGGACUCGACUUUGGCCGUUUGCGCGACGUCCACGAGAUCUACAAGGAAGUAGUGCACGAUCGAAUCGGCGUCGAUGAGGCGACGGCGCGCUUGAACGAGAUCACACGACGCAAGCCCAAGUUCCCCAUUUGGCUACGCAUCCUUCUGUACGGAGUGGCGUCGGCCACGGUUGCGCCCUUCGGUUUCGAAGGCCGCUACAUCGACAUGCCCAUCUGCUUCCUCCUCGGCUGCCUGGUGGGAUUCCUGCAGCUCUUUCUCUCGCCCUCCAACGAGCUCUACGCCAACGUCUUCGAGAUCACCGCGGCCGUGGCGACUUCGUUCCUGGCCCGGGCGUUUGGGUCCAUACGGGGCGGAAAGCUGUUUUGCUUCUCGGCGCUCGCACAAGCCUCCAUCGCCUUGAUUUUGCCUGGCUACAUGGUUCUGUGCGCCAGCCUGGAGCUGCAGAGCCACCAGAUGAUCUCCGGCUCGGUCCGCAUGGUUUACGCGCUCAUCUACACCCUCUUCCUCGGCUACGGCUUCACCAUCGGCUCGGUGAUCUACGGGUACAUGGACAAGAACGCGGUGAGCGCCGUGCACUGCUCAGUCGGCGACAGCUGGUACACUCAGCGGCCGCCCCAGAAUUAUUACAUCCUCUUCGUCUUGCCCUUCACCCUGUGUCUUUGUGCCAUCAACCAGGCAAAGUGGAAACAAACGCCAGUGCAAGUAGCCAUCUCGCUCGCCGGCUUCUGCGUCAACAACUUCUCCGCCCGCUUCUUCCAGGGCAACGGCAUCGUCCCGAGCUCCCUCGGCGCUCUGACCAUCGGCGUCCUCGCCAACCUCUACUCCCGCCUCGGCCGCUACUGCCAAAACUACCUCCUCGACAUCUGGGAGUACACCAUCGAGCCCCGCCUCCAUCGCGUCCGCGGUAAACUCCGCCAGCCUCGCCAUUCUCCGUACCACAACUGCCCCCCGGCCGGCGACUCCGACGAGACGCUCCCGCACCCCGCCAACAGCAAAGAGGACGAAGACAUCGAACUGGGCCGCCGGCCCUCCGCCGGGGCGCGCGCCCGCCAGAUCGGCUACGGCCUCGCCGCCGCCGCCAUGCUGCCCGCCAUCUUCGUGCAGGUGCCCUCGGGCCUGGCCGCCAGCGGCUCGCUGCUGAGCGGCAUCACCAGCGCCGACCAGAUCGUGCGCAACGAGACGAUCCUCGCCAACGGCACCAUCGUCAACGGCAGCACGGCCGCCGCCGCCGCGCUGCCGCUGUCCUCCUCCUCGUCCUCGUCGUCGCCGUCAGUGCUGACGACCACCACCACCAACGCCUCGACGUCCGGCGCCGACCUGAGUAACUCGGCGUUUAGCGUGUUGUUCAGUGUCGUCCAGGUCGCCAUCAACAUCUCGGUCGGGCUGUCGCUCAGCGCGCUGCUGGUGUAUCCGUUUGGGAAGAGGAGGAGUGGGUUGUUUAGUUUUUAGGUUGGAGAACCAAGGAAAGAGGGGGUGAAGGGGGUUGUUGCCACUUCGAUCGGGGAGGGGGUAAGGCGGUUGGGUGGUAAUAUGGAUUUGAUAUUCGCGGUUGCAUGGCGCACAGGAUCAUGCAAGGUUGGAGGGCAUGCCGGCUCGAUGCUGGGCCAGCCAAUUGUCCUUUUGUUUGGCGUUAAUGUCGGGGUUUGGAGUUGGUUCAGCGGAUCAUGGGACAAGGUCGGCAUUUGGUUUGUUGGGAACAAGGUCUGUCAGCGGGAAGCUGUGAACGAAUACCAUUGAUAGACUCGGGCAUCCCUGGAUUUGGCAGGGUUUGACAUGAAAGACAACGAACACAUAAUAGUAAUAGACACGAACUUGCGGAGAGUCGCUGGGUGCGAUCAUACGACAGUGAUCGGAGUCCUACGUGUGUUGGGUUGGUGAAGCUGCGUGCAGCCCAGUUGACUGUUCAGAUGAAGCCGAGACACUAGAACUUGGAGAGUUCCAAAGCAUACCAGUCCUCGUGCUUUUCCCACAGUUCUCGUCUCUUAUUUACCUACCUCUGCUUCAGAACUACUUCACGCUGAUCGCUGAUCGGAUGCGCUAAGGAGGGACUUUGC